AUGGCCAAACACGACAUCCUCAUCGAAGCAAUGAGUUUCGAAACCCUCGUCAAAGCUGAUAUCGGUUACUUCAAUUCCCGCGAAAUGCUCUUCGGACUGCUCGUCCAGAAAGCCUGUGGCGUAGAUCCAGCAUCCGCACCGGCCGUUGUCAAAGUCCUCACUAACUACCUCCGAACCUUCGAUGCCAGCGAUGAGGAUUUCACGACCAUGGAUAAGUAUAAUCCGUACCGGGUGGCUAAUUGUGGAUACUGGUGUCCACCUAGGAUAUCAUCCUUCUUCAUCCGGUGGGGAAUGGAUCUAACCCUAACCGAUGCUGAGUACGCCCAAAUCGCCUCCUUCGAUUUCUCUAUGGGGAUCAUCCUCGGCCUCACAAACGAUUACUACUCCUGGGCCGUUGAAAAGGACCAAGUAACGGACCGGAUGAGGAAUGCUGUCCGCGUGCUUAUGAAUGAGUACAAUGUUCCUGAUACUAUUGCAAAGUCUCUACUUAGGGGAUUGAUAGUGGAUGAGGAGGAAAAGGCGGCGAGGUUGAAGAGAGAGAUUUUAGAUGAUGGACCGAGUGCUGCGGUGAUGCAGUAUAUUGAUGCGAUUGAGUUACGGUAUAUAGGCCCUAGAGACCUGUCUCUACUCUACUUCAAGUUAAUUGCUAGGCGGUUAAUCUAUCAGGCGGUGAAACUAUCGAAUGGCUACUCAAACAGUGUUGCGGAUGCGUGUCUUCAGCAAGUGUCCGAUUCAGAGUCGCGGCUUUGCUCUAUCAUAAACAGAGAUAAAUGGGGUAACAAGCACCGUCGCUAUAAUCCCGAGAAUAUUGAAGGGAUUGUUGGUGUGGCUAUUCUGGAGAGGCUCCCUAAUAUAAAAAGCUCUAAGAUGCGGAUGACCUAUGUCAUGCUCAAGAACUCCAAGCCGUUCGCCACGCCGUGUUUAUUAGACAUUUUGCAAAGAGCAAAGCAGGCGGAAGAGUCGGAAAUAUACCGUGGGGGUGCGGCAAGUCACCCAGCUAAUAAUAUCAUGGAGCCAUGGGAAUCAGACAGACAGCAGUCUCUACUUUGGUCUAAGGUUUUCAAGAAUGACAGAUGGCUUGAAGAGAGUUUCUACCUCUCUGCACGAGUGGCCCACACUGACAGCCUUACUGGCACGACUGGUACAAUGACUGGAUAG